AUGACCAGAAACAGAUGCCCACCUCCUAUUUGCGGUGAUAACCCGCCCUCCUCCGUUGGUAUAACCGGCGUCUGUUGGUGUUGUUCUAUUGGUUUCCGCACCAAGCCGGCAGAUUAUGGAGGCUUCGGAUUGGCCAGGCGCUCCGCCAGUUUUUUAUCUCUUGAAGCUGCCGCACAGCGCCCGGUGAAUGAACCUACCAAGCGAAAGGGACUGAAGGAUCCGAGGGGCUUCCAGAUGCGAGGAAGUGGCAGCAAGAGCGGCGGAGGGGGACAUUCAGUAGCAGGAGGUAGCUGCAAAAGCAGCCCCUUUAGCAUCCUCUCUCGUUCUGCGUCUGGAUCGCCGCCAAGAGCUGAGCCUAGGAGGACUGUCACUUCUUAUAAGGUAAAUAGCUUGCCUUAUAAUAGAUUUGCCUCUUCCCGGGUAAGCAUAAUGGAAGGCACUCACACGGUCCUCCAGUUGCAUAGACCCAUUAUGGAACUUUGCUAUGUCAGUUUCUAUCUUCCGAGGGGCAAAAUCACAGGAUUCACAUACAAGGGCUGUGUAACUCUGGAUAAAUCCAGUAAAUGUUUUCAUAACUGCUAUCAAGUGAAAGAAGACUCAGAAGCGGUUGGAUCACAAGGACAGAGCUGCGAACAUAUUGGCGAAAUCUUCUUUAAACAAACAACUACUGAGAAUAUUCUCGCUGAGUUGUACAAACUAAAUGCGGAAAAAGAUAGAAUCCUGACAACUCUGCUUAGUUCAAGACACAUACUUGGAGUUAAAAUGGGAAACCAGGAUGGAAAACUACAAGAAGUUUCAGAACAUUUGAAAUGUAAAGAGGAGAAACAGUCAGACUCUUUUUCUGGAUCCACACAGAAGUCUAGUCUGAAAAACAAAAAAAGAAGAAAAUCUAGCAAACAGAGAGAGAGCAUUGAAGAAUUCAUAAACAAAAAUAUCAAAAGGAAGAUAUCUGCAACUUUGGAGCCUCCGGCAUUACACUACAAGGAAGCUUUAUCGGGAAAUGACAGAUAUCAUUCUGAUGAUUCCUCCAGAUGUUUCACGUGUUCUGAUGAGAGGAAAGUGGAAUACAAAAGUGAAUUAUCAGAUGUAAACAAACCUCCAGAACUAUCAAAGAGAAAACAGUGUUUACUUGAGGACUGUCAGGUAUUGGAAUCUGAUUCAGAUCUCUCUGUUUCUUUCUCUGAAUAUGACAAUAUUGUUUUUGGGCACUGUUUUGCACAUUCCAGCCAUAAUCUGUUAGAUGAGGUAGUGGGUACUUUUAAAGUGAUUCAGAAGAGCAGCCCUUUGCUGAAUACUUCCCAAGAAAAGUUAGCAUCUGAUGAGAGGUGUGAUUAUAGCCAUAUUGCAGAGAUCUGCAAGGGUGCAUCUGAAAUUGGAGAGCUGUUAAAAAGACAAGACAUGAAAGAUGCUGCAGGAUAUGGUCAGGUGUCUUAUGCCACCAGUGAAGAAAGCAAAAUAUCAAUUGCUUUAGCUACUACCAGUGAGAAGGGUCAUGAAGGAGUUCCUCAACAAUCUAAAGCAGAACAAGAUUAUUCUUUUGAGGAAGCAUAUAGCCCAGUGAAAGCAGUCAAUAAAACCUUGCAGAAAGUUAUACAGUUUGACAGAUUAGACGAAUCAGCAGAAUGGAAGAAGUUACCGUGUGCUACAAGCCCAUCCAGUUUCUCACAUGAAAAAGGAGAAAAAAGAACUGCAUUGCCCCAGAAGAAGAAUAAUCACUUGACCUUACACUUGCAGACACCACCUGAGAUUUGUCAGCAGAGAACCAACAAUAAGCAACCACCCUCUCCAUCUUUAGUAGCUAUUAGCAAUGUUUUUAAUCGGUCAUAUCCUUCAUCCAAUACACAUGCACAAAUGUCUCCUCUGCCUUCUCCUUUAUCCUCAAGCCCGCCAAGUCUGAAACUACACCACCGAAUACUUCCACUGACUGUCCUUGAUCUUGAAAAUGAAUCUGUUGGCCAUUGUGCUUCGAGAUAUUCUUCUUCAGAUUUGUCACUGUGCAGAGACUUGGAAGCACAGAGGCAUCCCAAGGUUUCUGAAUAUGAAGAUCCCAGCCUUUCUACAAGACAACAAGGACUAUGUCGAGAUACCAGUAAGGAUAACUCUGAAAGAAGCAGCCCUCAGGAAAAAAUCAGUGUUCCGUCUCAGCAUCAACUGCUUUCAGGUUUUCCAAUAGAAACUGCUUGGAAGAAAAACUCAGAACAGGCAGUUAAGACACCUGUCACAUAUAGAGAUGAUGAUGCCUGGGUUUUAGCUUGCAGGUUGAGGCAAUCUGAUCCUUCUGUCUAUUUCACUGAACCAGAAAGAGUGGACAGGAGUCUAUUACAUCUUGAGCUAAAUGUUUUUGAAGCCAUCAAAAGCUGUGGUGAAGUUCUUCAAGCAGCCAUGUCACUAAUUUCUAACGUGAUCGAAUGGAAGGAGAAAGAGACUGAAACAAGCCACACUUUCUUAAAUAAAUUUUCUAUGAAAGGACUAUUUGGAUUUACAGAUAAAUUAGAACCAGGAGCUUCAAAACAGCAAGUGGUUUUAAAAGGGUUUCAAAAUGUCAGUGGGGAUGUUGAUAGCCAUGUGGACAAAGAGGAUGAGAAGAACAAAGUAAAUGAAGCAGCUGAUCUAAAUACAGUUGACCUGCUUCCAGAAACAGUGCAGGAGGAAAGUAAUGUUCAGGCUGUUUCAGAAGCUGACACAAGAGACAUAUUUGUUUUGAAGGCGGUCUCAGGAAUGGAUGACCGGGCUUCAGAUGACCCUGCAGAAACCAUUACUGGUGCUUCAAAUGUGUGCAGAAUUUAUGCUGGAAACUUUGUUGAUUCUGAAGAUAAUGACAGCAUAGAUAAUACCUAUAUAGACUAUGCUUUUGUCUCAGAUGAUCAUCAGGCAGAUGUUUAUGGGACAAGAGACUUGGAAACACAGCAAAGGGAGCAGAAGGAGCCGUCCCUCUCCGAUUCCUAUUCUAGCCACUCUCCUUUGUGUGAAUUCAGCAAACAAGAUUAUAAGGAUUCCAUUCUUGUUCAGGGUCCUUUGGCUCAUACAACAAGUGACACAGAAUUAGACAAUGAGGCUACAGAUCUAGACGCGCAUGGAAAUGUAACAAACUACCCUGUGUUAAAUUGUGCUGUAUCAUUGGAGGAUAAUGAUCAAAAUAAAGAAGACACAGAACUAUAUACAGAAAUGCAUAGUACUAUAGCAGAGGGUAACACAGAGCCAAUUCUACCAAAUUGCAAAUGGCCGUCAAAAGAAAUGGGAGAUACAAUACCAGAAAUGUAUUCAAAUACAGAGGUUAGAACACCAAUCAAGGAAAAUAUUAGUUCAAUUGCUACAGCAAAGGAUAUUCAGGAAGCUGAAGAAGACCAGGGAUCUCUUUCAAGUAACUGCAGUGCUGAUUCUCCUACAAAACCAGCUUCAAGUGAAAAGUCCUUUCAGCUCCCAGCCUUCUUUAGUGGAUUACGUGUUCGAAAGAAAGGGUUGUCUGCAGAUCCGGAGGAAACUGUCACUGAAAUCAAACAGAAAGACAGUGAUCUAGCUAUGCUCAAACUACGACAGCCUGUUAAGAAGUCGAACCUUGCACCUGAGCCGAUAACCAAGAAGAAAAUAUCAGAGCCGAAAGGUUCUCCUACUUUUCUAGAACAGCUUUCUCAGUUGUUAGGGCCUAAAACUGAAGAGAAAAGUAUUGAUGAAGUAGUACUAGCAUCUGGAGAGGUCCAAGAAAGGAAAUCUUAUGUGACAACGGAUCCAUGUGAAGAAAUUAAACCAAGUCCUGCAGAAUCUGCACUGGAUGCAUUUAAAGCUUUAUUUACACGUCCUCCCAAAAAAGAGACAACUGCUGACACUUCAGAAUUAGAAGCAAUAAAACGCAAAAUGAAACAUGAAAAGGAAUCUUUGAUGGCAAUAUUUGAGAGGUCUAAACAAAAAUCCGGUGAUGCAGCCACAGAAACAAAACCAGCUGAUGUAAUUCCUUCAGAACAGGAUGACAAGACCCCAGGAAGACUCCAGACUGUCUGGCCUCCACCCAAAGCAAAGGAUGAAGAAGAGAAAAUAGGCUUAAAAUAUACAGAAGCAGAGUACCAUGCUGCGAUUUUGCAGUUAAAAAGGGAACAUAAGGAUGAAAUUGAGAAACUAAAAUCUGAGUUUGAACUCGAAGUCUUUCGUAUUCGAGGAGAACAUGCUCUAUCAAUAACAAAGCUUGAGGAACACAUUCUAUAUUUAAAAAAUGAACUGGAAAAUAAGUUGUACAAGCAAGGUGAAGAAGCAAAGGAUGCCUGUGUAUCCACUGAAGAUGACAACCCACCAAAAACAUACAGAAAUGUAUGCAUCCAGACAGAUAGAGAAACUUUUAUAAAGCCAAAUGAAGAUGAAACACGGACACCAAAAAAUAAUCAGAAAAUUCCAAAGAAACUUUCCAAACCCUAUUUGAAUAACAGUGUUUUGGCUUCAGUUGAUCAUAAGGAAAUAUGCAGUACUGGCCAAACCUCAGGAAAUGUUUUUUCAAAGUUGGACCAAACAGUGCCGCCACCUCCUCCUCCUCCUCCUCCUCCACCUCCUCUUCCUUUCUCGCUAUCUGAUUUAAUCCCACCACAGCCACCACUAUUGCCAACAAGCUUAAGUUCUGCCCAACCACCGCCGCCGCCGCCGCCAGCACCACCACUACCGCUUCCUUUAGCUUUUGGUGUUCAUCAGCCAUCUCUACCUCCCCCACCAGGGCCGCCUCCAACAGGAACAGGACCUCCACCGCCGCCGCCACUGCCACUUGGCUCUAAUUUUUCUUCAAUGAGUCAAGGUCCUCGAAAACCCACAGUUGAACCCUCUUGUCCCAUGAGACCGCUCUACUGGAACAGAAUCCAAAUAUCAGAUAACAGGUACAGUUAUUCAAUGCCAACUCUUUGGGACUCAUUAGAAGAACCCAAUCUUUGUGAUACAAAUGAAUUUGAAUACUUAUUCUCAAAAGACACAGCUCAGGAGAAGAAAAAAGCACUAGCUGAAUCCUAUGAAAAGAAAACAAAAAUAAAAAAGAUUAUCAAAUUAUUGGAUGGGAAGAGAUCUCAAACUGUAGGAAUUCUGAUAUCUAGUUUACAUCUGGAGAUGAAGGACAUAGAACAAGCUGUACUAAAUAUGGAUGAUUCAGUAGUUGACCUAGAAACAUUGGAAGCACUAUAUGAAAAUAGAGCACAGAAGGAUGAACUGGAAAAAAUAAAGCAGCAUUAUGACACUUCAACAGAAGAAGAAGUUAAGCUUCUGGACAAACCUGAACAAUUUUUAUAUGAGUUAUCCCAGAUCUCCAAUUUUGCUGAACGUGCCCAAUGUAUAAUCUUUCAAUCUGUCUUCAGUGAAGGGAUAAUUGCAGUUCAUCAUAAAGUUGACAUUAUUCAUCAUGUUUGUAAGGCGUUGAUCACAAUGAAAAGUGUGAAAAAUAUUUUAGCUUUAGUUCUGGCUUUUGGAAAUUAUAUGAAUGGAGGAAAUCGAACACGUGGUCAAGCAGAUGGAUUUGGCUUGGAAAUACUUCCCAAACUAAAAGAUGUUAAGAGCAGAGAUACAGGAAUCAGCCUUGCAGAUUAUGUUGUAAUUUACUACCUGCGCCAUUUUGAUAAGGAAGCAGGAACAGAAAAUAGUGUAUUUCCAUUGCCAGAGCCGCAAGAUUUCUUCCAGGCAUCACAAGUAAAAUUCGAAGACCUGAUAAAAGAUUUAAGAAAACUAAAGAAAGAUCUAGAAGGUUGUGAAAAACAAAUGAAAGUUGUUUUCAGAGAAUCAUCUGAAGAAGACCUUCAGCCCUUUAAGGAUAAGUUUGAAGAUUUUUUCUGUGAAGCCAUAGAAGAACAUAAAGAAGAGAAAAGUCACCUGGACAAUGCACAAAAGUGUUUUGAAGAAAUGGUGAAAUACUAUGGAAUAAAGCCAAAAUCUGGUGAAAAGGAGACCACACCGAAUUAUGUUUUCAUGGUUUGGUAUGAAUUCUGCAGUGAGUUUAAGACUAUUUGGAAACGGGAGAACAAAAACAUUUCCAAAGAAAGACUCCGAAUGGCUCAGCAAUCAGUGAGCAAGUUAACUUCAGAAAAAAAAGUGGAAACUAGGAAAAUAAAUCCAACUGCCAGUCUGAAAGAAAGACUACGUCAGAAAGAAGCUGGGGUGACACCCAACUGAAAGAAGAACCCCAAAAUGAAACAAAAACCAAUGAGAGUGUGACCUUGAUGAUGUUACACGUUGCUCCUUCUCUUCGGGAGCACCUUAUUUUAGAUGAAGUUCUGUGUUGCUUUUUUCUUCCGACAAUCCACCAAAGAUUUUUCAAUCCCUUGGUUUAUACAAGCAAGGGAAUGCUAAGAAGU